UACUAAUAAUCAUAUAUUUUAUUAUCCUCAUGUCGGUAAGGAAAAUGUGAAUCCAAACCCAACUAACUUUGCCACCCUGGUCAACCACUUGGAACUUGGAAGUCUUCAACACAAGAUAUCCUCUCGUAAAAGAUUGAUGACGAAUUCAUAUAAUUAAUUCUAAAAAGAAAAAAGAAAAAAUUAUAGACGCAAUUAUGUAAAGUUGCAAACGAUGCAAAAAUAAAAAACGAGGUGGACACUUGUGACUUGUGAGGUUUGCUUGAAAGUGGGACCCAGCAAAACCUUGGGUGGUGUACAGGAUCCCCAUGCACUCGCUGGCACCCCUUAAUCAUACAGAGAAGACUCUUCACACCAAAACACAUAAAACGACACCGUUUCACCAUUUCAGUUUUCACUCUUGUUCAACUACAACUCCAAAAUUGCCGCUUUAGGGUUCAACAAUCGGAUCCGCAACUCAUCAAUUUCGUUCUAAUUCCCCUUCAAAGUUUCCGAGUCUCUGAUGUGAUGUCUUCCGCAGCACCCAAUUACACCUCACUUCCAUCGCCAUCUUCAUCCAACUCCGCCGCUCCUUAUUUCGUCUCACGCGCCGCGACCUCACCGCGACGUACCUUCCCCACGCGCCGCCCAUGGGAGGAGGUGUUCGCGCUCUACUCCUUCACGCGCCCCAUUUCCGUGGGCGAGGCCACACUGCGCGUGAAGCGCAACGUCGACCACUUCCGCCUCAACUACGCCAUGAUCAUUCUCUUCAUCCUCUUCCUCAGCCUCCUAUGGCACCCUUUCUCCAUAAUCGUGUUCCUCGUGGCCCUCGCCGCGUGGUUCUUCCUCUACUUCUUCAGGGACAGGCCGGUGGAGCUUUUUGGCCGCGUGAUCGACGAUAGGGCGUUGGCGGCGGUGCUCGCGGUGGUUACCGUGGUGGCGGUGUCACUCACAGGGGUGUGGCUGAACGUGCUUGUGUCCGUACUGGUUGGGGUUGCGGUGGUUGUGUUGCACGCGGCGUUCAGGAGCACCGAGGAUUUGUAUGUUGAUGAAACCGACGGCUACGACGGUGGAGGCUUGCUUUCGUUUGUUGGAAGCCCAACUAAGAGAACAACCACAACCACCACAGGCUACAAUGUAAUUUAGCUGAAUCAUCCUUGCUUGGAAUAUGAUUUUGA